UAAUACUGUAACCUUGCUAGAAACCAAAAUGGCUGCAUUAAUUCCACAGUUUAAGCAAGUUUUAGGUAGAUGUCACAGCCUUGUAUUAAACAACAGUGGCCAGAGAUCUACUUGGACUUCUUACAUGUUAAGGAAGCAGUAUUAUGCCAGUGAAGGUACUGCUUCAAAAAGGUUCACAAGUCAGCAAAAGAAGAAAAAAGGUGAUAAAACAAAGGCUGAAAAGGCAGUUAAUGAUACAGGCAAAAGUAAUCCAUAUGGACUAAUUUCUUCAAAGCCCGUCGAUGAUGUAUAUGUAACUCGCUUUUAUCCAAAGCCAAUAUAUGAUGUUGCAACAGCUGUUGAUUUGCUCAAGAGAUAUCAGCAGCUGGAUUUUACAGAUCAUAAUCAGGCUGUCUACCUUGAUUUAAAGCUUGACAUGAAUCUGGAAAAAAAGAAAAAAGUGGAACCAUUUGUCAACACUGUUUGUCUACCAUAUCCUUUCAAGGCAGAGAAGAAUAAAGUUCUUAUGUUCACAGAAAAUACAGAGGAGGCCAAAGUGGCAGAAAAGCAUGGAGCAGUGUUUGUAGGUGGAAGCGAACUUAUUGAAAAGAUCUUGGAAGAUGAAAUUCAAGCAGAUUUCUAUGUAGCUGUUCCUGAAAUGCUACCAAAACUGUUGCCACUGAAGAACAAACUAAGGAAGAAGUUUCCCAAAAGCAAGAGAGGGUCAGUGGGGCGAGACAUUCCUAAAAUGAUUGAACACUUUAAAAACAGCCAUGAGUACAUGGUAGAGAGAGAGUGUUAUGUUUUUUCUCAGAUAGCAACAUUGGAUAUGCCACAAGAGCAGAUAAUUGCAAACAUGUCUUCAGUUAUUAAGGAUGUUUUUUCACAUAAGCCAGCAAGCACUGAUUCAUCUUUAGAACGUGCAUUUAUGUGUAGUGCAACUAGUGAAUCUUUGUGGAUAAAGUUAGAGUAUUUCCUAUCUCCAACCCAAACUGUUGCAUCAGCAGCAGCACAAUAGCUCAGCUGAUCCGUUUUACCCUGAAAUUGUACAUUGUUUUUGCUGGUAUAUGAAAAGCACAUUAAAUAUUUGUUGGCAGAAA